AAAGUGAUGUGAGCUGCGGGUUUCACCUGCAGUCCUGUUUCCACUUUCUUCCUCACUUCGCUGCGGAUUAAGCACAUUUUCUACUUUUCCUGCAGCGCCAGCCUGAGCUGCACAGGGAGGAGGUUUUUAAAAUGUUUCUGCCGGGAUCCACCUGGAUUAUAAUCACUUUGAAGGAAUAACUCCCGCAGAAAACUGAGGUUUACUUCUGCACGGACACGUAGCGAGGAAUUUAAACCUGGAAUAUAACUAUUUUUAUAUUUUCCUGCACCGACAUAGUUCAUGCAACCUGUAGAUACAUGCACUUUAUUUACUGACUGGUAAAUGAUUGUGUUCCAGCAGCACAGGAGUAAAACACACAUGUGCAUAUCAACACUAGAGAGAUGUUUAGAGUAGAUAUACAACACAGUUUCAAAUACAUCGUUAGAAUACACUUUAAUAUAGAAACACAGGAUACACUAUACACACAAGUGAUGCAUGGAUGUGUAUCUACUCUCCCAGGACUCACUUUCGACUUUGCUUUCGAAUCCUCGACACUGGAGGUCAACCUGCUGCUGAAGUCUCCUCCUGGUUCUGCUGCAGGAAAGGACGGAGGUUAAGGAAGAACCCUGAGGACCAGAUACAGUUUAUGUUCUUUAUCAUCUAAAAUCACAUAUUGUCCUGACCGAGCAGAUUAAGAAACCACGAGUAUGUCGAGGAACCUGCAAGAUUUAAAGGACGGCAGCAUGAGGCGCCUCGAGGAACUUUGAGCUCAAAAACACUAAAAGCAACAAAGGUUUUGCUCAAUAAUAAGAACAUUCUGGGAGGAAGCUUUUGAGAAACUCUAAAGGGAUCCACAGGAAAUCUAUAGGAGACCCCAAAGAAACUCCAGAAGACCCAUCAUCUCCCUUAAAACCAGUGCUGCACGAUUUAGAAAAAUAAUUGCAAUUUUGUUCGACUGAUAUUGCAAUUGCGGAAUAGAAAGUAGAUAUUGAAAUUGUGAAAAAUGUCUAUACCAAACAAAGAUUUGUACUUAAGUCUGUAGAAGAUGAUUUGUAGACAUUUCUGCAGCAACACAAUGCAGGAUAUUUUGACUUAAACAAAUAUUGCGCCUCCUGAGAUUUGGAUAUUGAUUCAGAUACAUUUCCGACAAAUAAGAGUUACUCUGCGGACCCUGAGGGAAACCUGGAGGAGCUCUGAAGUAUCUCAAGGAACCACAGAAAACCCUUAAAGCAAUUUAUGGCUUUUUGGAAUGAGCUGAAGUUUCUUGUAGAUCAUAAAAGAAGCUUGCAAACCCCUCUGAGAAACUGAAGACACCCGGGAGGUCCUGGAGGAACACCAGAAGAAUCUUAAAGACCCUUGAGACUCGUAAGAAAUCAGAAGAACUCAAAGGUACCUGAAGACCUUUUAGGAAUCUCUGAGGAUUACUAUACAUCUUAAAGGGACCCUGAGACGCCCCGAAGGAAUCCUAGGGGGACCUGCAAGACCCUGGAAGACGCCUUAGGCUCUUGAAGGCUCUUUGGGGAGCUCUGAAGAUUCCUGUAGAUCCUAAAAAAAACCUGCAAACGCCUCUGAGAAACUCUCGAAGUUUGUCAAGACCCAGAGGAAAUCGUGAAGACUGCUGAGAAUCUGAAGAAACCCAGGAGGACCUUUAUUACCCAUAAGACUCAUAAGAGGGACUUUAAAGACGUUGAAGGAAUACUACAGGACCAGGAGAAAAGUAGGAGAAGGUUUACAUCUUUGAGUUAGUAUCUUUUAGAAAUCUGAGAAAUAGCCAAUCUGAUGAAAUCAAGGGUCUACUAAGGAACCUGAAGGAACCCAUAAGGAGUCCAAAGAAACCCCAGAAUGGCAAUUGUUCCCCUUAAGAGACCCUGCAGACCCUAAGUCUCCCACUAAGGACACCUAGAGGGACCUACAGGACCCUGAGAAAAGUAGAAUACGGUUUACGUCUUGAGCUGACCAGAAAGAAAUUGAAGUAUCUUUUAUAGCUCUGUGAAACCGCCAAGACUCUAAGGAAAUGAAAGGUUCACUAAGGAAACCUGUGGACGAGUGAAAACCCUGAGGUUACCAAGAUUUAGGUACUUUGAGGAACCCUACAGGGACCCUAACAACCCGGAGGCAAUCUGGGGACCACAGAGGAACCCCAGACCCCCUAGAGGAACCCUGAGAACUCCUUGUGAACCAAUGGGCACCCUACGGGACCUGCAGUAUGCCCUGCAGGAGAAGAUCGAGGAACUGCGGCAGCGCGACACCCUGAUCGACGAGCUGGAGCUGGAGCUGGAUCAGAAGGACGAGCUCAUCCAGCGACUGCAGAACGAGCUGGACAAGUACCGGUCCGUGCUCCGGCCCGCCACUGCUCAGCAGGUCCAGGCCCAGCAGCAGAGCCUCGUCCUGCAGCCGGACAAGCACCGCAGCAAACGGCAGGCCAUCUCCGCCGAGCCCAACGCCUGCGACAUCAGCGAGCUCAGCCAUGUCACCCUGGCCUUCUACCCCAAGAGUCCACAGUCCAAGGAGAUGAUAAAGGACGCCAUCUUGGACAACGACUUCAUGAAAAACCUGGAGCUGUCUCAGAUCCAGGAGAUCGUGGACUGCAUGUACCCCGUGGACUACGGGAAGGACGCCUGCAUCAUCAAGGAGGGCGACGUGGGCUCGCUGGUGUACGUCAUGGAAGAGGGGAAGGUGGAGGUGACUAAAGAAGGGAUGAAGCUGUGCACGAUGGGGCCGGGGAAAGUGUUUGGAGAGCUCGCCAUCCUGUACAACUGCACGCGGACGGCCACCGUCAUGACUCUGGUGCAGGUGAAGCUCUGGGCGAUCGACCGUCAGUGUUUCCAGACGAUCAUGAUGAGGACUGGACUCAUCAAACACGCCGAGUACAUGGACUUCCUGAGGAGCGUUCCGUCUUUCCAAGGUCUCCCCGAGGAAACGCUCAGUAAACUGGCCGACGUCAUGGAGGAGACGCAUUACGAAGACGGAGAGUUCAUCAUCCGACAGGGAGCCCGAGGAGACACCUUCUUUAUCAUCAGCAAGGGGAAGGUGAACGUGACCCAGGAGGAUCCGGCCAAUCAGGAGCCAGCACACCUCCGAGAGCUCGCCAGGGGGGACUGGUUCGGAGAGAAAGCACUGCAGGGGAUCAGAGAGGAUUUGAGAACAGCUAACGUCAUCGCUGCUGAGGCCGUCACCUGCCUGGUCAUCGACCGAGACUCCUUCAAGCACCUGAUUGGUGGACUGGACGACGUUUCUAAUAAAGGGUACGAGGACGCGGAGGCCAAAGCAAAGUACGAGGCCGAGAACGCCUUCUUCUCCAGCCUGAAGCUGAACGACUUCAACAUCAUCGACACGCUCGGAGUCGGCGGCUUUGGACGCGUCGAGCUGGUGCAGCUGAAGAACGAGGAGGCGAAGACGUUCGCCAUGAAGAUCCUAAAGAAGCGUCACAUCGUGGACACGAGACAACAGGAACACAUCCGCUCCGAGAAACACAUCAUGACCGAGGCGCACUCUGACUUCAUCGUCAGGUUGUACCGGACGUUUAAAGACAGUAAAUAUCUGUACAUGCUGAUGGAGACGUGUCUCGGAGGAGAGCUGUGGACGAUCCUGAGAGACAGGGGUUCGUUUGAAGACUCGACCACCAGGUUCUACACGGCCUGCGUGGUCGAAGCCUUCGCCUACCUGCACGCCAAAGGCAUCAUAUACAGAGACCUGAAGCCUGAGAACCUCAUCCUGGACAGCCGGGGGUACGCCAAGCUGGUGGACUUUGGUUUUGCCAAGAAGAUUGGUUUCUGUAAGAAGACGUGGACGUUUUGCGGGACGCCGGAGUACGUGGCUCCAGAGAUCAUCCUCAACAAGGGCCACGAUGUGUCGGCGGACUACUGGUCUCUGGGCAUCCUGAUGUACGAACUGCUGACCGGCAGUCCCCCGUUCUCAGCUCCAGAUCCAAUGAAAACCUACAACGUCAUCCUGAGAGGCAUCGACAUGAUCGAGUUCCCCAAGAAGAUCACCAAGAACACCGCCAACCUCAUCAAGAAGCUCUGCAGAGAUAAUCCUUCAGAGAGGCUGGGAAACCUGAAAAACGGAGUCAAAGACAUCCAGAAGCAUAAGUGGUUUGAAGGUUUUAACUGGGAGGGUCUGAGGAAAGGAACGCUGACGCCGCCCAUCACACCUGAUGUUUCCUCUCCGACCGACACCAGUAACUUCGACAGUUUCCCUGAAGACACAGAGGAGCCACCACCGGACGACAACUCCGGAUGGGAUUAUGACUUUUAGUCCAUCUUGCAUCCAAUCCCAAAGCCAGACACCUUACAGCUGGCGGUGAGGUCCAAAUCAGAGAAGACGACGACUUCUCACCAGGCUGGACAAAGACGAAUGUCCUGCACCUUACUGUGACUUUGCCUGUGUUGUUUUUAAAGCGUUGUUGGACCCUGAGGGAGUGAAACCCCAAUGUCUUGUAGCCACAAAGAGAUUUGAGGACAGUGUGUGCAGAAGGCAGCAGAUGGAAAAGGACUGGAGGCGUCUCGCUGAUCAAACUUCAGUUCAAGUACGAGACACACCUGUUCACAUCAACAGUUUGCCCCUCUUUCCAAGACCAGGGCCACUUGUCUAUCAAAGUAGUAAAUAGGUCCUAGAAAUCUCAGAGUGGCGCAUGCCUGGUCCAAACAGGUACAAGCAUGACUUUUACGACAUAAGGGCAUCCUCUAGAUUCUAGAGAGCUGGAACAUCAUCACUCCAUCUUCAAAGAUGUUCCCAUGGGUCAGAAAAUACGUUUUUGCAAUGCCUAAGUGUUGAACCCAGAAAAACCCUGAUUCCUUGUUUGGCCACAGCUAAACUUUGGGUAUGUUCAUGUAUCGGCAGUCAGUCACACACUGGGUCUUGCUUUAUGUCCCAUAUAUUUCUGCGAGACGAUUGUCUAUCAAAUCUUUAAGAGCAGGAAAUCAGCCCUAAAGGUCUUGGAGUAACAAAUGUGUGAUACGUCUAAAGAGUACAAGCAAAUACAAGUCAUCCUUCAGAAUUUAGAGAGCUGUCAGAACUCGGUACAAAUGUGCCAACGAUGCAGAAAAGACAUUUUUGCAAUACCUAGGAGUGACUACGAGAAAUAUGAACCCGGAACAAUACUGCUUCCUUGUUUGGCUGCAGCUGAACGUUGGGUAUCUCCACACAGUACGAGCCUUGCUUUAUGUCCCAUAAAUCGCUGCAACACUGAGCGGUAGCUUGGACGUUUGUUAGAAACCUGCAGCUCAAACCCAUCAGUGAAGCCACCUGAGGCUGAAGCUGGUAAAUCUAAAGCGGGUCAAGGGAAAUGUCACAAAGUGCUUCCCAGAGAAACGGACACGGCUGGAUUAUUUCGGCGUGGUGCAUGUCCUUCAACAAGUUGGUGUUUAACCAAACGAUCAUACGGCAAAGCUGGAGCAGGGUAUUGUACCAGUGUAGAGAUUCUGGUUGGUUUCUGGGACUCCAAAACACUUAUGGGUGGCGGCUCAAUGAGGCCCCCUAGUGUGUUAAUCCAGCUCUGGCAACAGAGAACCUGACAGGGGCCGUGGUCGAAUAGUUUUACGGUACAAAAACCCGGAAAUAUCUAGCUGGUGUAAUUCCUCUAAAAGCUAAAGAAAGCUGCUUCAAUGCUUCCUUUCUUAUCUCCUUUAGGGAACACUGGACCAUCUUUAACCAAAGGAAAAGAGAUGAUGCCAUCCCACAAUUCCUUGCAGCAGAAACAUUUAAAGCGACAGACCAUUCGGAUGUUCACGAAAACAAACGAUCAUCGUGUCUUUUCAUUCGGGUUACUGUUCACAUUUAAACAAACAAACAUGCUCCUUCAGAAACCUCCUCCUCACAUCGUAGACACCAUGGCCCUGUUUCUCUGCAGCCAAUAGAAAGCCUCUGUCAAGUGUCCUUGAUCCUUGACCUUUGACCCCUUCGUGGGAGAUCAUACAUCUACAACUCCUCCUGCCUGUGCUGUGGUAUCUGCCGUUUGUGUUUUGUGAUCAGGAGGUGGUUCUGGAAGUCCUUUUCUGACCCCAUGAACCCAGGUUUGUCUCUCUUGGAGCGGGCAGGAGGAAAGACUGAACGAACUGGAGGUCACCACGAUGCCUUCACUUCUCAUCUCAUAUCGGGAACUUAAAAUCCAAAGACGAAACGCUUUGGGUGUAGCAGCGGAGGUGACACGAACAUUUCUAACUUUUAAACUUUCCUUUUCUUUCCUUCUUCAUGGUGUGAAUCUUUAGAUCAUAGCAUGAGAACUGAUAUUUUGUACAUAUUUCCAAGACUGCCUACAUACGUUUUUGCACACACCCACAAAUAUUUAAUUCUCGCAGACACAUGCACAACUUGGGUGAAUGUCUUAUCCUGGUAGUUUCAGAAUUGUUCCUGUUUCGUGUCCAACGCUAAGGGUAUAUUUGCUUUUUAAUAACGAGGUUCCAGACCUCUGAAUCAAGUCAGGUUGUAAAAAUCAAACAAUCAAUCAAACGGCCUUUCCCGUCUCCCAGUUUUACUUCCUUGAUUCCUUUCCUCACCUCUUCUGCUCGCAAGGAGGAAGAAGUCAAGGUAACAGACAUUUAACCCAAUUAGACAUCCGUCAUUUUAAAAGUGACGUUAAUUAAAUGACAUGGCUGCAUCAUCUGUCCAUUGUCGCGCUUUAUACAUCACGGUUGCAACGAACACUUCUGCAAACGAUACACCAGUGUUUCCUCGAUCCUCCGGCAAGCCUCUUGCAUUUAAGGUGUUGUGACGAUGGAGCGCUGAGGUCAAUUUCCGAGUCACAAGCCGGAGAACACAACAUCGAGAAAUGAGAAAGGCCCAGAUCUUUGUAGACAGGAUUUAGAAGGACAUCCACUUCCUGCUAGAGCGAGACAAAUGGUGGAUGAGGUAUGUGUCAGUCAGUCUACAGAAAUAACAACGCUUAAGUCAUUAACAAUAUUGUCCAAUUAGUAGCUGUUCUGGAGUUUGUAAUGGUAUCUCAGGAUCUUUCUGUGCAGAUGGAGCAUAAAGUCAACAUUUCUAUGUGCAACAAACCAACUUGACAAACGUUUGAGGAUUCGUUGUCCUUGCACCAGAAUAUCUUCCCGGAGAACUUUAAAUUUUAAACAUUAACUAAACGUGGUGUUAAAACACACUGGGUGAAAAGCAAGUAUAUCUGCGUUGUAAAACCUUCGUACUCCAACAUGCUUACAGUGACUCGCUGUGAGUUUAACCUUCAUCUAUUUAUUUAUAUUUUGUAUUUAUAUUUUGUGGCCUUUUGUAAAAGCAGCUGAUCGUUGUCACUUUGUAUUCGCAGUGUGAAUCUGUUUGGUGAUAUUUUUGUAACUUCUGUGAGCUCUGCAUGAAAAUAUUGAAAAUGUUCAGUUUUCACCACCAGAAAACCUUCAGCUGGAUUUCAAGGCAUAGUUUAAACCCUUUUAAAUUAAAUUGGAAAUUUAUGAGAAGAAAUCUGAGUUCUAAAAUCACAAAUUUAUGAGAAAAUAAACGUGGAUAUUCUCUAAAAUUACAAAAUAAUGAGUUUGCUAUAAAAAAAAAAAAAAUCACAAAUUUAUGAGAAACAAUUUGAAUAUUAAAAAAGAAAAUCUGAUGUUUUUCUCCUAAAUGUAUGACUUUAAUCUCAGAGUUUUCUUCGUACAUUUAUGACUUUAAAUCGUUAGAGAACGGGCUUUAACAACCCGUCACUUUCCUGGUUGAUUUGAAUAAAAUUACAAUAAACAUUAAUGUUCAUAAGGAUUCUUAGUGAGGAUAUUUAAUUGUUAAGAGUUGCUGUGCUGAAGCUUUGUAUCACAGAUUUAUUUGUAUAUACUGUGAAUAUAAUAUUUUAUGAUGCGCCAGCUGUUUGUAAAUUAUUGUUAUAUUUAUUAUUAUUAUUAUUAUUAUUAUUAUUAUUAUUAUUAUUAUUAUUAUUAUUAUUAUUAUUAUUACAGUGGCUGCCAUGGUAGCUGGAGAAACCUUUGUGCUCUGUCUCUGUUUAAAAAAGCUUUAUUUAACAUGACUGUUAAAAAAUAAACAAACAAUAAAAUAAUUUUUCCAAA